ACGGCUUUAAGAGUACCUACAAUCUCGGAGAAUUUCCACUUCACUUUUCUAAACAAGAACCAUACAAAUAUCCAUUUCCAUUUCAUUCUGAACUACCUAUUCCACGACGUUUAUUAAUAGGCCUCGUUUAAUAGGCGAGAAAUAUGUCUGACAAGCUGUAGAAAAGAUAGAUUUACGUUUUAUGUAACGUCAGGCAGACGCUGUACCAAGGACCACCCAAAUUUAACUCCUCGAUUAAGAAACCACCAAAUUUCUGAGCAAACGGCUAUAAAAGUACCCACAAUCUCGGCUUCUUCCUCUCAAUACUUUCCACUUCACUUUUCUAAACCAGGAAUUUAAUGGCGGACGAAGGUAACCAGACUGCAAAAAAAGUGUGCGUGACUGGUGCAGGGGGAUACAUUGGAUCAUGGUUAGUAAAAAAUCUGCUACUAAGGGGUUACACCAUCAACGCUACCGUUAGAGACCCAGGAGACACGAAAAAGUCUCGGCCUUUGUUGGAGCUGCCAGGGGCAGAGGAAAGGCUUAGGCUGUUUAAAGCUGAUCUAGGUUUAGAGGGCAGCUUUGAUUCUGCAGUCGAGGGUUGUCAUGGAGUUUUUCAUGUGGCAGGUCCCAUGGAUUUUACAAAACCUAAUCCGGAUGAUUUUAUUGUGCCUGCUGUAAAUGGGAUACUCAAUGUUAUGAAAGCCUGCGCAAAAGCUAAAUGUGUUAGACGUAUGAUUUUCACUUCAUCAGUUACAGCGGCUUCUCCAAUGAAUGACAAGGGAGAAUUUAUGCAGACAUGCCUUGAUGAAAGGUGUUGGAGCCCAUUAAAUUUCCUUAAAUCUCAGACCACUAAGCUAGCUUGGUAUAUGAUAGCUAAGACAUUAGUAGAACAAGAGGCCCUUAAAUAUGGGCUUAAUAACAACAUUGAGGUGGUGACCAUCCUACCAGCUGCGGUGAUUGGGCCCUGGUUUAACAGUACACCUGCUUUUUAAUCUGCUCAAACAAUAUUAGCUUUGAUUGGAGCAAAUAAUGAAUUUUAUGAAUUGCUCAAGUUUAUCCAAUUCAUGCUGGGAUCCAUACCAAUUGCUCAUAUUGAUGAUACUUGCAACGCCCACAUAUUCUUGAUGGAACAUAUCAGUGCUCAAAAUCGUUACGUUUGUGCAUCUGAUUCUUUGAGUCUCAAGUCUCUCAAAGAUUUCGUUGCGAACCAUUACGUACAACUCAAGAAUUCUCUCGAGUUGGAUGAAGAUGAUAGUCAUGAGAAAUAUCUGCCUGUUUCUUCGAAGAAAUUGUUGGAUAUGGGUUUCUCUUACAAAUAUCGCUUAGCAGAAGCUUUCAAGGAGACCAUAGAAUGUGUCAUGAAGAAUGGGCUUUUGAAGUUGUAAUCAAAUAAACUAUAGUGUAAAUGUUGCUUUUAGAUGAAGUCUUAUUUUUCCUUUAACAAAAAGGAAACAUGGUUUAAUGUUGUAUGAGUU